AUGUUCGCCGACCAGAUGAUCGGCCACAAGCUCGUCACAAAGCAAACCGGUGCCGGCGGCCGUAUCUGCAACUCAGUCUACAUCUGCGAGCGCAAGUUCGCCCGCCGUGAGUUCUACCUCGCUGUCCUCAUGGACCGUGGUACCCAGUCCCCCGUCAUCGUCGCCUCGUCGCAGGGUGGUAUGGACAUCGAGACCGUCGCCAAGGAGAACCCCGAGGCCAUCCUGACCACCCCUAUCGACAUCAACGUUGGUGUCACCGACGCUAUCGCCCGUACCAUUGCCACCGACCUGGGCUUCUCUUCACAGUGCAUCGAGGAGGCCAAGGAGGCCAUCCAGAACCUCUACAAGUGCUUCAUGGAGCGGGAUGCUACUCAGAUCGAGAUCAACCCUCUGUCGGAGACCUCGGACCACCAGGUCCUGGCCAUGGACGCCAAGCUGAGCUUCGACGACAACGCCGAGUUUCGCCAGAAGGAGGCCUUCUCGUGGCGCGACACCUCCCAGGAGGACGCUGAUGAGGUCAAGGCUGCCGAGCACGGCCUAAACUUCAUCAAGCUGGACGGCGACAUUGGCUGCCUGGUCAACGGCGCCGGUCUUGCCAUGGCAACCAUGGAUAUCAUCAAGCUGAACGGCGGCAGCCCCGCCAACUUCCUGGACGUCGGCGGUGGUGCCACCCCGGCCGCCAUCAAGAGCGCCUUCGAGCUGAUCACCAGCGACCCCAAGGUGUCUGCUGUCUUCGUCAACAUCUUCGGCGGUAUCGUGCGCUGUGACGCCAUUGCCCAGGGUCUGAUUAAUGUCGUGCAGGACAUGGGUCUCCGCACGCCGAUUGUGGCCCGUCUGCAGGGCACCAACAUGGAGCAGGCUCACAAGCUGAUCAACGAGUCCGGCCUGAAGAUCUUCUCGAUCGAGGACCUCCAGAACGCCGCAGAGAAGUCCGUCCAGUUCUCCAAGGUCGUCAAGAUGGCCCGGGAUAUCGACGUUGGCGUCGAGUUCACCCUGGGCAUCUAA